AUGGAGUUGAUUGAGUUACCGAAAAGGCAAUGGUACCACGUUUCCGGUUCAUCUUUAGAUAUUAAAAUACCAUCAUCUCACAAUGCCUCUACAUCUCAAGCGGUUUCUUUAUUACAAUGUAAUAGAGAAUAUGUUGUACAUAUGUUCUCUGAUGUUCCAAGAGUAAUCAUGUUAGACUCCGGCAUUAAUAGCCAAGAAGAGUUGAACAAUGGAUCUAAAUGCAGCAGUAAAUUAUCAGGGCUUGGGAUGGAAAAUUUUUCGCUUUCUAAAGUAUCAAAUAAUAUUGUUUAUAUUAAAGGGAAAGAGCUUUCAAUAGUAAAUAUUCAAUCAGAUACGGUUAAUACACUUGUAAGAGGUAAUUCUCAUUGGAAAUCAGUUGUAUUCAAUCCUUUGGAUGAUCGCUGUUUUGUUGCUUGGAGUAAAUAUUCAGUUUGUUUAUGGAAUCGUUCUUCUUAUGAAUACCAUAUUCUACAAGAAUGUUCUAACUCGAAUAAGUCCAAGAAUACCCAAACUUCAAGUUCUAAUUUAUCAGGCUGUGUGUUAAUUAACUACCCAGAUGAUAUUAAAAUUUCUAAUUGUCAUUUCGUUGGAGACCUAAUCAUUUUAUUUACCUCGAAUGGCUAUUAUGACACCUUUUCCUCAAAUUUGAGUCCUGGAGAAUAUUAUAGAUCACUAAUGUCAAGGCAAAUUAUUGAUUCAAACUCAUUAUUGCUUGAUACUGCCGUAUAUCCGAAUAUAAGGAUCAGAGAUUCUUCUGUAAGCCACAACAAUGUGAUAGUUGCAUUAUUAUCGGUAGAAAAAGACGUUUACAGUGUUCGUAUCUAUAACUUACCAAUAGAUUCAAAUAAUAACUUUGCUGAUACCACACUUUUGCAAAGUAUUAAUGUCCAUAUUAUGGAUGAGAACAAAAACAGCCAAUAUAAUGCUCAUAUUAUUGGACCAAAUUGGGGGGAAUAUUUCGCAAUUCAAAUUUUUAAUCAAUUAAUAGUUUGUUCGGUUGGAGAAGAGCUGCCCAUAAAAAGUUUGUUUUUCUUUCCCUCCAGGCUGCUAGAAACAGCUGCUUUCAGGCCACCAAAGAACGUUACCUGGCUCGAUGUAGGCAAAACUAAAUCUAGUGAAAAUCUAUGCAAGCAGCCCAUUGAGAUUUUUGUUUCAAAUAUUUUUGGAGGUCUAGAAUCUAUCACUAUCCCACCAGUUCUGGAAUUAGAUACAAAUAAAAUUCAUCACUCAUCUGAAACUAUUAGUACUCCAAAUGAUGUAUUUGCAAUUAGCUUAUCAAAUCAGAAAAACACUGUUGAUUUAAAGGAUGAGAUGGCUGACGACUAUUAUUCUGUUUUAAUGGCAAACACAUCACAAAAAGUUGAGAAAAACGAUUUUCAAUACAAUAAAACCCCACAAAGUAAAUUAACUUCUGAUAGAUCAAAUUUACUCACCUCAAUUUUCAGCACACUAAACAUGGAAGAAAAAAAGACGAUGAACAACUCACAAUCUAAAAAUAUUAAUAGAAGUAACAUUGGCAACAUAGACACUAGUUUAAAUAACCAAAUAGUUGAAGUGAUUAAAGACGAAUUUAAAAAAUUAUCAGUUAGCUUCUCCAAAGAAAUAAAUGAUUCAAUUUCUUCAGCAAUUGGCAGAUUGUUAAAACCAAUCGAACGAGAUUUUCAAUCGAUUAGGUCUCAUUUAUCUGGAAUUGAGAAGUCUAUUAACAAUAAUUAUGUCAGUACUAACAGUAUUUCUAAGAUCGAAACAAAUGUCAAAGAGUUUUUCACAAAUACAAGUGAUAAAUUAGCAAAUAUGGAUGCUUGUAUUUCGAGACUUGCUAAAGAAUCUAGGAAUGUUAGUGAAAAAAUCAUUAAAUUGAACAAGCAAUGCGAAAAUAUGAACUCAAGCCCAAUAGAUGAUUUUACUCAGGUAGUUGCGGAUUCUUUUGGGACUUUAACCAACGCAGUUACUCAAUUGCAAACUAGUGUAAAUCGUUUGGAAUCACAGAUAAAUAGUGGAAUAACACUUAAAACUCCUACGCCGGAUAAUUCAAUUAUUAAUAAGGGUACUCAAAGUAUAGCUCUACAAAUCGAAGAAGCCCUAAAGCAAAAACAUUAUGAUCGUGCAUUUGCUAUUGCCAUUUCUGCAGAUCAAUCUACAUUAUCACAAUCAGAUAAGAGGCACAUCUCCAAUGGAGAGUGCUUUGUUUUGAACCUUGCAUAUAAGUUUGACCCAUGUAUUUGGUUGGAUGACCCACUUCCAAUUAGCCACCCAGUAAUACUAGGAAUUUCAAAAAUUUUAAGUGAUACUCUUCCCAGUUUAAUCGAAUCAUUUAAGACAAGCAAUAGCUUUUCUCAAAACAACUCUAUUCUAGAUUUAAAGUUGAGAAUCUUAUGGAUAAAAGAAACCAUUCAUUGCUUUGAACCGUUUACUGAUGCUCUUACACCUAGUGAUGUAAUGCAAAUACUCAACGAGAUUUCUGAAAGCAUGAAUAAAUGCAUUAAUAUUAUAAACUCGGUUAUCGACGUAAAUAAAACUAUAAACUAUAUGCCACCUGCAUGUUUAACAGACGGAUCGAUUAUCAGUGAUAUUACCAGUAUUUUAAGACACAUUCGGAGAACAACUAGAAAUAUUGCAUCUGGAAUGAAAUAA